CCCAAUGAUUCUUCAGCAGCCCCUGGAGCGUGGCUCCCCGAGUCGGGCCCAACGCGACUCGGGGGUGCCUCGAAGUCUGGACGCGAGCUCCCCUCUCCGAGGAGCUGUGCCCAUGAGCACCAAACGGCGCCUGAAGGAGGAGCAGGAGCCCCUGCGCAAGCAGUUCCUGUCUGAGGAGAAUAUGGCCACCCACUUCUCUCAGCUCAGCCUGCAUAAUGACCACCCUUACUGCAGCCCCCCGCUGGCAUUCUCCCCAGCUCUGCCCCGACUCAGGAGCCCUUGCUCUGAACUGCUUCUCUGGCGCUACCCUGGAAACCUGAUCCCUGAGGCUCUGAGGCUGCUGAGGCUGGGGGACACCCCUGCCUCCCACUACCCUGCAACCCCAGCUGGGGAAAUAAUGGAGCCCUGAGUGCUGGCUGACAGUGUACCUGCCCACGCUCCUUCUCCCCCACAACAGGGGGGAUCAACACCCUCGUGAAGGGAACAGCUGCCCUGCUUUUCCUCCAGACCAGGCCUUUGAGCAUCAAGACCGUCCCCCAACAGAGAAAGACAGAGCCGGGGCAGGAGGGACAGGAGCAUGGAAAGGGAGGCAUUCUCCCCAUCCCCCAGAGGAAAUGAAUAAAGAUUGCUGAGCA